CGGAGCCUCUGCCGUAAGGAACAGACAUGAUCUAUGGACGCAGUGUGCUUCACAUUGUAGCAAGUUUAAUCAUCCUCCAUUUGUCUGGGGCCACCAAGAAAGGAACAGAGAAGCAAACCACCUCAGAAACACAGAAGUCAGUGCAGUGUGGCACUUGGACAAAACAUGCACAGGGAGGUGUCUUUACCUCUCCCAACUAUCCCAGCAAGUACCCCCCUGACCGAGAAUGCAUCUACAUCAUAGAAGCGGCCCCAAGACAGUGCAUUGAACUUCACUUUGACGAGAAGUACUCUAUUGAACCGUCUUGGGAGUGCAAAUUUGAUCAUAUUGAAGUUCGCGAUGGACCUUUUGGGUUUUCUCCAAUAAUCGGACGUUUUUGUGGACAACAGAAUCCACCUACGAUAAAAUCCAGUGGAAGAUUUCUGUGGAUUAAAUUUUUUGCCGAUGGGGAGCUGGAAUCUGUGGGGUUUUCAGCUCGAUACAAUUUCACGCCUGAUCCUGACUUUAAGGACCUUGGCGUUUUGAAACCGUUACCAGCGUGUGAGUUCGAGCUGGGCGGCCCCGAAGGCAUCGUGGAGUCCGUGCAGAUUGUGAAGGAGGGCAGAGCUGCCGCCGGGGAGGCCGUCGAUUGCAAGUGGUACAUCCGGGCACCUCCGCGGUCCAAGAUCUACUUGCGGUUCUUGGACUACGAGAUGCAGAACUCCAACGAGUGCAAGAGGAACUUCGUGGCUGUGUAUGACGGCAGCAGCGCGGUGGAGGACCUGAAGGCCAAGUUCUGCAGCACGGUGGCCAACGACGUCAUGCUGCGCACCGGCCUGGGCGUGAUCCGCAUGUGGGCGGACGAGGGCAGCCGGAACAGCCGCUUCCAGCUCCUCUUCACAUCCUUCCAAGACCCUCCCUGCGAAGGCGACACGUUCUUCUGCCACAGUAACAUGUGCAUCAACCACACCCUGGUGUGCAAUGGACUUCAGAACUGCGUGUACCCUUGGGACGAAAACCACUGCAAAGGAAAGAGGAAGGCCAGCCUGCUGGACCAGCUCACCAGCACCAGCGGCACGGUCAUCGGCGGGGCCUCCUGCAUCGUCAUCCUCCUCAUCAUCAUCUCCGUCGUGGUGCAGAUCAAGCAGCCGCGGAAGAAGUACGUGCAGAGGAAGGCGGACCUGGACCAGACGGCGUUCCAGGAGGUGUUCGAGCCUCCCCACUACGAGCUCUGCACCCUGAGGGGCGCGGGGGCCGCGGCCGACUUCGCCGACGUGGCCGAGGACUUGGAGCACCCCCACCAGCUGCGGAGGGCCCCGUCCAAGUGCGCCCACGACCACCACUGUGGGGCCCGGCUGUCCAGUGCGAGGGGCAGCCGCAGCAACCUCAGCGCCCGGGACGCGGCCGCCACCCCCGAGCUGCCGCCGCCGCCGCCGGGCAAGGCCCCGGGCCCGGCCCCCAGCAGGAGGAGCAUCCUGGUCAUGAAACACAGCUACUCGCAGGAGGCCGCCGACGCCUGCGACAUCGACGAGAUCGAGGAGGUGCCCACCACCAGCCACAGGCUGUCCCGGCACGACAAGGCCGUCCAGCGGUUCUGCCUCAUUGGGUCCCUAAGCAAACAUGAAUCUGAAUACAGCACCACCAGGGUCUAG